UCGUUUUCCGUUGUCCCUCCCUCACGGAAUUUUUGUCCGCCAUUUUCACGAGGCACGCAUUCUUUGCCCGCUUGAAGUCAACUGUGGUCGAUUUCAUUUUGAGACAAGUUCAACGUAUUCAUUUGCAAUCCGUUUAUCGCCAAACGAUGUCUAGCGAGCAGAGCGAAAAUACUCCCGACAAGACCCCUCAGGAGCAGGAGCAAGAGCAGGAGGCGCCGCAGCAGCAAGGAGAAAUAAAUGGGAAGGCUAAACACGAGGGAAAUUCUAGCAGGAAGGAGAGGCCCCAGAAGAGAGGUGGAGGUGGACGCUUUGAACCCUAUGGAAAUGUGAACAAGAGAUACCGAGUUUUUGUCAGCAACAUCCCAUAUGAUGUGAAAUGGCAAGCCCUCAAAGACCUAAUGAAGGAAAAAGUGGGUGAGGUAACGUACGUGGAACACUUAAUGGACGCAGAAGGCAAAUCAAGGGUAAGUGCAAAUAUAUACAAAUACACAAUUUUUGAACUAUCCUUGACAAACUUUUGUUUGUCAGCUUUAGUUUCUCUUUUCAUUGUUGGGCAAUUGUCAGAUUCUGAAAGAUGAUGGAGCGGGUGAGACUGUGACAUGUCUGAGGCAUGUCCUUUGUGGUGUCGACUGUGGCCUUGACGUGAGGUCAUUUUAGGGUUGAUGCUGUUAAAGGAUUUCAGCUUUCUCUUUAGCCGUGAGAUAGCUUUACACACAAACGUACGUAUUUGGUUGCUGGAAUUCCGUCUUAAUGAUCCAGAGAAGGUUUAGUCUUCAAGUGGCGGUCGAAUGUCUUAAUGAUGGUUGUUUAAUCCAAAACUAUUUUUAGAUUGAAGAAUGUCUUUCCUGGAAUUGUAACCUCCAGUAUCUCAGUAUAGAGGAAUCUCUAAUUUCACUGUGGAUAUCCUCCUUCGGGCAUUGGACAGAAAACAAAAAAGCACGUGUCGGCUUUGUGUUACUGAUGAGAGAUUUUAAGUUAUUGAAAAGUUGUGGUGCCUGUUGAGGCCAAGUGCGUGGUAAUUCAUCUAUUGAUGUGCAUGAUCUUCAUUUAGUGCUCCCAAAAAUUAUCUUGUAAAUGCUAGUUGUAUGAUUUUACUAACUUGAGCCUGUUUAUUUUAUUCUUGGUUGUUCCGUUGUCUUCAAUCAACAAAGGGU